AGACUCAACAACGCCCUCGUUUGGAUGGUACGCUCAAUGACACGUCUGCUUUUGUCAACUACAGGCAGCCAAAGUCAGACAGACAGUCGAUGCGUUCGCUUUGCUAGGGUCGCUCUUUGCCAGCCAGCCAACAACAACCAGCCGCCUGAAUGUAGAUCCGCAUGGGCUACUAUUACUCUAGCUCUCCGAAGAACCUCCGAAGAAUCACAAGAUACGGAUCCCAGGAUGGUGUUAGUGCAUGUGGGGUUCCUGGUUCUUCCCGUUUUCGGCUCAGUAAGAAACAGAGAACUCAGCUGCGAGGGAGACCAUAUAGUUCACUUGUCUGUGAAUCAGAAGACCAGGAGUCAAAGCAGAAGUUUGGAAUACUAUUUAAAAUGUGGCGAGAACUGAAUGCACGUGGUUGUCAUGUUCAUGGUGCUAGUGGUAACCGUAAUUUUCCCACCCUACAGAAGUGUUUUUCACCUUAGUUAAGAGGAUCCCAUUUCACCCGGCAACAGCAGCAACAGCAGCAACAGCAGCUUUGUUCUAGCCAUGCUACCUCUUGCCGGCACUUUCAGUUAGGUCCGCAGGCCCCGCUGCCCAUGGAUUUCCCAAUGCCCCACCCGGGCCAGCCACAGUCAGGCAUUAACCCCCACUUGGCACCCCCGGGUCACCAGCAUGGCCCUCUGCUCCACCCACCCCUCAACCCCAUUCCCACUGCCCAGUUUCAGGACAUCCCUGCCCCUCCCUUCCUACCUCAGGCAUUACACCAGCAAUACCUCCUCCAGCAGCAGAUCCUCGAGGCCCAGCACAGACACAUCCUGCCACCCUCCAGUAGACGCACCCCAGAAAGAGUUCCUCACCAGCCCCACAGAUUGCGACCUGGCUACGAGUUUGCUCCUCCUCUUCAUGUCCCUCCCCAGCCUAUGGUGCAGCAGCCUCGCUACCUGGCCGAGGGCACUGAUUGGGAUCUGAGUGUAGAUGCUGGGCUGCCACCACACCAGUAUCACAUCCAUCCACUGCCACAGCACUAUCAGCACUACUUGACCUCUCCUAGGAUGCACCACUUCCCUCGAAACAAUGCCUCAACACAAGUGGUUGUCCAUGAGAUCAGAAACUACCCAUAUCCCCAGCUGCACUUGCUGGCUCUGCAGAGUCUCAACCCCGCCCGCCAUGUGUCUGCUGUUAGAGAGAGCUAUGAGGAGCUUCUACAGCUGGAGGACAGGCUGGGCAGUGUGAACCGUGGCGCAGUCCAAACCACCAUAGAGAGAUUCACCUUCCCCCACAAGUACAAAAAGAGAAUACCACAGGACCUGAAGAUGUGUCUGGAGGACGAGGAGCUGGACACAGAUGAGAAGUGCACCAUCUGUCUGUCAAUGCUGGAGGAUGGGGAGGAUGUCAGGAGAUUACCCUGCAUGCACCUUUUCCACCAAGCAUGUGUGGACCAAUGGUUGGCCACCAGCAGGAAAUGCCCCAUCUGCAGAGUGGACAUUGAGACCCAGCUGACCCCUGACAGUUGAUUGUACCUGUCGACUCCUGCGGCUUUGGAUCUGGUCUUGUUAAUUUUCCAUCGCCUCCCACCUGAGGAGAAGCUCUGCCAAAUGUCCCUCCCCUCUCCCCCCUCCCCCUGCAUCACUUUACGAGUCUGCCUUCUUAGAUCGCUGUGACGAGGGGGGAUCAACAAAGCACACUCACCUACAACACAAUGGGAAGGGGGGUUGACGAACACACACUGUAGCUGAACGGAAGGUUGGUUUGAAUGGACUGAAGGACAGCAGCGCACACAUGUGAACAGAUGAGAGAGCGAGUGGGAGUCAUCUGGAGUGGGUGAGAGAGUGAGUGAGUGAGUGAGCGAGCGAGCCUAACAUUGCAUGCUUUUACAAAGAGAAAUUCAAAAAGAGAACGAACACUCUCUACCAACCUACCAACUACAGCACAACCAACCUCCCCAACUCAGUGCGGUGUAUUAGCACCAUCUCUCCACCACAACAUCUAAAACCUGCCCCCGCCCCCCCAGGCCUGUGGAAAAUCCUUUAAGCUGCCCAAGCCCUCUGCACAUCUGUACAGAACAUUAUCAAAUGAUUAGCAUGAGGUUGUUUGGUGUGAACUCUCGUAGCUGAAUGCUUGUGGUGUAAUGGAGUAUAGUACUGAAUAAGUUUUUACAGAGUAACAGUGUUGUGUAGCAAAGAAAAAAAACCUUUUGAGAAAUAUGUUUGUGAAAAAUAAAACCCCACAGAGAAGGCGGAGACAGCUCUGACCAUGCUACUACUUGAUGUGUUAACUCUUGGGCAGCGAGAGAACGAGCUAGUUGUGUAAAAAAAAAAAAAAAAAAAAAAAGGCCAAAAACCUCCCUCUUUCUCGUCUAACAUGGUUUUGGAUUUACAGUCAGUAGAUGCCAUCAGAGUUUAAUGCUAAACCCGCUAACUGCAGGCAUGGCUUCAGUGAUGUGUGUAGUGUCGUAGUCGUAGGCCUCCAUGAUCUAGGGCGGAGGCCUCGGAUGUGCAUGCUGUAUGGCAGGCUUGGGCUGUGUCGUUCGUAUUGUGGAGCCGUAGAAACAGGGAUUGUGUCUGUGCAUGUGAAGCGUAUACUGUACUAGGACUCUGGGACUAGGACUGAGGAUCCCACUCCUUCAUACAGGAGGACAAGAAUGUGUCCACAGUGUCCCCCCACCCCCACCUAGAAUUGACCAAAACUGCCCUUAGACACCGAUCCUGGACUCAUGUAGCGCUUCUCUCCUAGUGUUUGUGAUUAGGAUUCCAAGAGCUGCUCAGUGGAUCUGUGUCUAACAGCAACUCGUCUGUGUUGCCUCACUCAUGAUCGUGAUUAGGGUCGCACUGAUUCUGACACUCUGGACCAAUGAUAAUGUUAGAAAUAGUUAAAAAUCAAUUUAAAGGUUGAAUAUGCAGCUAUUUUCUUCUGCUGUUUGUUUAAAUACGGCAUGUACCUGCCUCUCUGUCACCUGCGAUUUAGUCUUUAAAUUUGUGUUUAAAUCAUUUUUAAAAAGCUACGAGAAACUGAAAAAAUAAAAUUCAGAGGCAAAUAAGAGAUACCUUUAUAACAAAGUCAUCUAACGCCACAACAAGCGCUUAUUGGCUUAUUUUAACCUUGACAUACUGUAAUACCUACUAUGGUAAUGUAUAAACCUGCAACUUAAAACUCUCUUAAAUAAUCUCACAAAUUGUAUUUCACUACACAGCUAACGAAAAAUAUAUGUCAGGAUUUAUACUGGAGCUCUGACAGCUACUGGAUCCAGUUUUUACUGGUAAACAUACUCUAUCCACCCAGAAACAUGUUGACCAAUUAGAAAAAAAAAAGGUACGAGAGAAAAAAAAGCACAGUUGGAGGGCAGAGCCUCUACAUCGUUAGUGAGACCUUUGGGAUUUAACAACUCUAAGGUUUAUUAUUGUUUUUCUAAAAUAUUUAUGCAUACUCUACCUUUAAAUCCUUUUGUUUAAUGGAAUGAACCUUGAUUUUACAUUUCUGUACUAGAAACACACACAACCCGUUCAUUGUGCUGCUGUACGAGUCUCACUCUCUAACCCCAAUGAACAUUAACACUGACCCUAAAUCCUCCGACUGAUCGUAGUCAACACCUGCACAUACGCGGUGUCGGUGCGACUCUCGUCACGAUUGUGCCCAUGAUCGUCAUCCCGAGAGGCCGGCAUGGGCUUGAGGAUGCAGUGCCUCAGUCUUUUCAUCAGAGUGGAAAAAAUGCGACAUUUGUCUCACCUCUUAUCAGAACCUUAUUGCCUAUCGAACAAGCACAUGUGAUUUUCUAUAUCCAGUGAAUUGCCUCUGUUGUGUAUCGGCUUCUCUUCGUUUCAAUCUCAGUUGCUCCCACUGUCUGAUAAAAAGACCGUCUCUUGUGUUACAGGGAGAAAAUAAACUAGAUUUUUUUUUUUUCGUUUGAGCUAGAAUGUUGUACGAUUGUCCCCACAAUCCCUCUCUACCACGGCAGUAGUGUCGGCAUUGCUAGAACAACUGUGAUCACGUGCAGUGGUAGAAGCCGUUUUCUCACUAUCAUGCAUGAACCAUGUAGUUCACUUGAAGGAGGGUGAAAGGGAGAAAAAGCCAUUCAUUUUAAAAAUACCAAACAGUUCUUAAAAAAGUUGUCUUUUGUUUUAAGUUCCUUUUCUUCAUUUUUUUUUCCUUUUUUUUACCAUUUGCUUCUUUGAGUACCUUUAUUGUUUUCGUUUCUUUGCUCACAUGCCAAUAGAGGCGUGGUACUAAUAUGCCAAGUCCUUGUUCACUUGUUACCACGGUGAAGAAAAAGCUGCAAUGCUGCGAAAACAUUUAUCGUCGUUCUAAUGUAACUUGUGUUUUUGUAAAUGCACUAUAAUAUGGAGUUGCCUGAACUUUUUUGGUUUGGUGAAGUGGGUUCUUGUCCUGGUUUUUGUGUUUCUUAUCAGUUUCAAGUAUUUCCCGCUUCCCUGUGUAUUACUGGAGAGUAACUUGACUGUGUUGCUUUUGUGUUUUUUUCUUUCUUCCUUUUUUGUAUUAAA